UUUUAAAAAGUUUCAAGUUUAGUUAUUACCAUGCAGGUUUUUGAUUUAUCGUGUAUUUGUUAUUGGUAUAGUACGUGGAUGACGAAAUCGUGAAAAUUGGCACGAGGUGCACAAGCAAACCAACCUACAGACAAACUUACCGAUGCCAGUUCACGCAAUACGCCACGAAUGACGGCUGCACGCGCAAGUUUAAAACUGUUCUCGCCACAUGCACAACAUAGUACAUACAUAUAAAUAUAUACAAAUGUAUAAACAUACCUUUGUAUGCUAGUAUUGUGGCACCUGUUUGUAAAUAUCACUGUGCCGGGUACCUGCAUACACACUUUUAUACAUACAUGCAUUAUCUUAUAUACAUAUACAUACGUAAAACGUGAUUUUGACGGUUACAAUAACAAUAAAGCAGUCAUGAUAACAAAAAUAAAAUUGUCUUGUGAUAUAUCAAAAUGUGUCCAUAAGUGCAGCGUUGGCAAGUUCACGAGCAAAAUUGAUUGAGUCUCUCUGCUAACAGGUUGCAAAAAAAGUGCAGCUGUGCUGCCAGACCUGUUGCCGACGUCUGGGGGGAGGCUAUUACCUUAGGGAGCACGUGUUAAGAUUCCCAGCGCUGAUAGUGUGAUAAAGAACUUACGCAUUAUCUACAUAUAUAUUUUCCAUUUCUUUAAAGUGGCAAUGUCAAUAACGGGAAAGUAAUAAUAAUACCCGCCACUGAAUAACUAUAAACGGUUCAAACGGAAAUAAGAGAGUGUGUAAAAUUAUUAUCAGAAUAUGGGGGACCGCUACGGGAAUGGGGUGACCACUAAUUUGGUGGAGAAGCCCUUGUCCCAUUCCAAUGGGGAUGGUAAAGCCGCCAACAACCUCGUCGCUGCACCCUCCCAGGAGAAAAUCGUACUUAAACGAAAACUAACGCUCAUCAACGGAGUGGCCAUCAUAGUCGGCACCAUUAUCGGCUCUGGCAUCUUCAUAGCACCCACUGGCGUUUUCCUAUACACCGAAUCUGUCGGAAGUUCCCUAUUAAUUUGGCUUGCCUGCGGCAUUUUAUCAACAAUUGGCGCGCUUUGCUAUGCGGAGCUUGGGACUAGCAUUACCCGAUCUGGUGGCGAUUAUGCCUACCUUUUGGUAGCAUUCGGGCCUCUGGUGGGAUUUCUACGACUAUGGAUUGCUCUGCUCAUUAUCAGACCUACAACUCAGACCAUAGUUGCGCUGACAUUUGCACAAUAUGCGGCCAAACCAUUCUUUGAGGACUGCUCGCCUCCAGAAAAUGCUGUCAAGCUUUUAGCAGCUGUAUGCUUGUGUCUGCUCACGGCAAUAAACUGUUUGUCCGUGAAAUUGUCGAUGAAGGUCCAGGAUCUGUUCACAGUUGGCAAACUUCUGGCACUAAUUUUGAUAGUACUUGCUGGCCUCUAUUAUAUGCUGACUGGCAAUCUGGACAACUUUUCGAAUCCGUGGGAGGGCACUUAUAGCGGGCGAAACAUUGGCUAUGCCUUCUACUCGGGUCUAUUUGCAUUUGGCGGCUGGAAUUACUUAAAUUUUGUGACUGAAGAGCUUCAGGAUCCCUACAAGAACCUUCCGCGAGCUAUUUGGAUUGCCAUGCCACUAGUUACAGGCAUCUAUGUGCUGGUCAACUUGGCCUAUUUCGCGGUUGUUACUAAACCGGAAAUGCUCAGCUCCUUGGCCGUUGCUGUGACAUUCGGCAAUCGAAUGUUUGGCCCAUUGGCCUUCAUGGUGCCCAUUUUCGUAGCGCUCAGUACUUUCGGGGGUGUGAACGGAGUGCUCUUCACAUCGGCUCGCCUGUUUGCCACCGGUGCCCAAGAGGGCCAUUUGCCCAAAUUCUUUCAGCUUUUCCAUGUCAAGCAACAAACACCAAUUCCAUCUCUCAUAUUUUCCUGCCUGAUGUCGCUGCUUAUGCUGCUGACCGAUAAUGUCUAUCUACUGAUCAACUACUUCAGCUCGGUGCUUUGGCUGUCUGUGGUGGCGAGCAUUGCCGGCAUGUUGUGGCUGCGACACAAAAAACCAAACCUUCCACGUCCCAUUCGGGUGAAUCUAGCAUUGCCCAUCAUAUUUAUGAUCGGGUGCGUGACGCUCGUGCUGCUGCCAAAUUUUGAGGAACCAGAGAAUCUACUCAUCGGUAUUGGCAUUACCUUGGCCGGAAUUCCAUUCUAUUACGUUUGCAUCGCCUGGCAGCAGAAGCCCCGCUGUUAUGGACGUCUGUCCAAUGCCGUUGUCGACCUUUGUCGCGCCAUCUUUAACACCACAAUCAUCGAAUCGUCCGAGGCAUUAAAGGAAUAAUUGUUCGGCCAUACAUGUAAAUGUACAUAUAGAUACUCUUAACGAUAUUGUUAAAGUUGAUAUUCUGCGUUGUGUGCAUACAAAUUAUGCACUCAUAUUUAUAUAUAUGUGGCAUUUCCGUACAUAAUUGUACUUCUUAUACCAUAAAUAUUUUAGUUGUAGUUCUAGAUUUUUGCAUUGUGUAUUUAUUUGUCUUAAAAAGCAAAUUUCUUAGUAACUAAGCUCUUCGCUUUUCGCUUCCACAUACAGGAUUAAUUAAGAUACAUUUUCCAUAACUAUGACAU